AUGCGGUUUUUGAGCCCCCACCAAAAAGGAUUGAGGUCUAUGGAGGAAGACAGCGAGCAGGAUAAAGUGGCCUUCCGGCUAUAUCUAGCUUCCCUAGGUUACAUAGCUGAGGAUGGUGGCGAGCUGCGCAUGGACCAUGAACGAAGGCUCAGACUGAAGUUGAAAGGACAACUAAGUAAUGGGGCUCAGAGAAAGCUAAUGUGGAAACGGUCGACAUCGGGCCCGCUAAGGCUCGAAAGUCUCCACGUUGCAGAGAAAUUGAACUUCUCAAACUCCUUCAACUCGAGCGAAGUGAUUGCGCGAGACAGGGAGUUCAUUGAGUCGAUCUACGAGAAGGGCUCCGCCGCAGAGCCGAUAUGGGGGACGAAUGGAGACUGCAUUAGUCCUGCGCAUACCCUGCUUCCACAGUGGGAGCGCCUGAAUAUAAAGGAGGAGGGCAUAACCGAGGACAUCUUUGACUUCCGCCACGGCUGUGCGUUUGAUAACAACCUCAUGUGCACUAGUGAAAACAGCGUGCUAUUUAUUGCACUCGGCUACGAAUUUAGGGUGUUCGAUCUUACGAAAGUCGAUCUCUCCGCAGACACUAAGCACCAGAGUAGAGCAUUCAAUCUUCUGGAUUCGUACCUGCUUUACAGCGCAAUACCUCUGCCUGAUACCGGAUUUCUGAGCCAAGUCCCCAUGGACUAUCGUAUUCACUUUAUCAAGGCAUGCUCCUUUUAUGGCGAUGAGUAUGUCGCGAUGUGCUGCGAAAGCGGCUACAUAAUGAUGUUCCUUGUUCGCGACUUUAAAGCCUAUGAUGCUUCAGACGAUAUUGAUCACUUUGGAAGGCCAACUAUGCAGCCUCGCUAUAUCUUAGAAGCCGCAGGCUCGUGCUGGGCUUUUGACAUAUACGAUGAUCAUCCGGAUAUAAAGAUAAUUGCGGCAGGGCAUAAUGCCGGUAGCGCACCGACUGGCAUUACCCUUUUUGCACAUUACAAGGACUGUACAAGAUUUGCCAUUGAAGAGAUCACGACUGAACACAAUGUGCCAUGCGUAAAUUUUAUCAAGAACACCUCUCCAGGGUUUGAUAUUACCCUAGCAUACACUUGUAUCUAUGGCAGCGUCGGUACUAUACGCAUUCAACCGUUUCUGUAUAUGGAACGGGAUGGAGCUACGGACAAAAUUAAAAUUCCCUGGGAGUAUUGGGACGAGCAAUACUUUACCAGCUGGUGUUGGACUAUAACACCCGUGUCCCGCAAAGAUUUCCACAGAACAACGGCCUACGAGUAUUUAACCAACACCUAUGAUCAAGAGCAAAAGAAGAAGGAUUUAGAACUAAUAUACCAGGGUAGUUUGAUACUAGACAGCUUUCCUAGUAUACCAAGCCAUUCUCCUAUAAUGGGAAUUGCGGCAAAUAUGGCCCAGCUCUUUGUACCAGUGAGCCGCCUUGAUCUUUUUAAUGGAUACCAGUGCAUGGAUGGGAUUAUGGAGUUUCAUUUCGCUUGCGCUCAGUUACUCAACGGAGAUGGCGACAUUAUUCCAUACCGUAAGGCGCGAAUCAAAUCCAAUUGUAUGACUUACAAUGAUGAGGACAGUUGCAUGUACUUUGUCCCUCGUUCAGAUUUACCACUGGGGGAUGAGAAACUAGACAAAGGCGUUCAGGAGUCAGAUCUAAGACGCAAUAUGGAUUUUGUAACCACUUCUAGAACGAUUCAAAAAGAAUAUGUUGACGCCUUGUUAAGACUUAAAGUAAAGGAGCCUUCGUCGCGUUCCCAGCAGGAACCAUUUUACCUCUCAUUUGAUGAACAACCUAUGUUGGAAAAGAAACCCAAUAGCGUCCACCUUAUACGUCACCUUCACGGACCAGAAGAAUCGUUAAAUAAUAAUCUGGCAGGUAGCAGCUUGUACCGAAACCCCGCUAUUCAAAGAUUACAUCCCAGGGAAGUUACAAGAUAUUGGAUGUCAAAUGAUUCUUUCUGGGGACAAAAAAUAGAGAUAGAACCUUCUCCAAGAAUAGAACCUUUGACACUACAAGCUUCAACGCCGAGACCAUCGACUCAUGGAGAAGAUUCGGGAAGUAAUGAAGGCGCAUUCCCGCUUGCAGGGGAAAGAAACCGAACUUUGUGCGAUGAUAUCGUUGAUGCGUCUCUUACUAACCACAUCAAAAAAUUGUACAGGUUAUUCUCAAGCCUGCAAAAGGAAUCUAGACACAAAGCAGAAGGCCCAGAGUUUGACAGCGUUGUAUCCCAGGAUUAUAUGUUUGUGAUAACAACCAAUACCUCUGUUUAUCUCGUUCGAUCUGACCCGCUAAUAGUCAAUGCACUUACAAUGGAUGAACUAUUUCCUACAAAAGAUGUCACUACAUGUCAACCGGCGAUAGAACACUUGAAUCGCAUAUCAAUUGUAUGCUAUAUCCGCGAACUUUCGUGUAUUGUUGUGGCGUCCCAAAUAGGCCUACUUUCUGUACUGAGAUUGACUGAAUAUAAUGGAAUCUAUUCUUUCCGACAAGAGUAUGUUAUUGGCUGGGAACAUAUACCGCCUGAAAAACGCGAUACAAUAUGUAUGUCGCAGUAUACCACAGGACCUCAGGAUGAUAGCGCGGUACCUUGCGGUCACUGCAAUACUGUUUUCCCAUCUUUUCUUAUUCAAGGACUGGACUAUGUAUACGUACCAGAUGAUCCUGGCAAUGGCAUAUUGGAACAUGCCUUAUUAUACGUAGCCUAUCGAAACAACCUAGCGAGGUACAGUAUAUAUCGUUGA